AUGAAACAUUAUCGAGAAAAAGAUUUGGUUUAUCGUGGAGAAUUCAAAUCGAUGGAUGGUAUUGGAUAUAACUUCGAGGAGAUCGAUGUUUCACCUUCAGCCAGAUUCCACGAGCUUCAGAAUCUACCAAGAUGUCAUUUAUCAAUCGAUAAUUUGACACCUAAAACCUCCCCGGAGAAAUUAUUGAAAGGAUUUCAUGAUUGUGUAGAUCCGAUUUUCGAAAAUCAUCUGAAUAAACUAGAUGUCAAGGAUUUUUCAACGAAGAUUUGUGAUGCGAUCAAAAAAUGUGAUGAUAUUUCGGAAUUUCAAGAUCUGGUUAUUGAUGAAUUUUCAAAUUCGCAUGAGAUCAAGUGGGGAAUUUUGCCGGCUUGUGUGAGUUUUUUGAGAGUUAGCUUUCAGAAUUCCGGGAAAAAAAAUGUAUUUUUUAAUUUUGAAAGUUCCUAAAAACCAAAACCUAAGGAAUCUUGGGCUCUAAGCCUUUAAGGACUCGACAGUCAACCUGAGAAGACUAUAGAACACGAAUUCUGAACCUAAAAGGAUCUUAAAACCUUAGGGACUCUAAGGAUUUUUAACUAACGCUUAUAGAAAUUAUGUUUGAAAAUCCCUCCUUCCAGAAAGAGCCCAACAUUAUGGUAACAUUGGGAAUCGGUCACGAUGUUCAAGCCGAAGUUUCGCUCUACAAAACCCUCCCCAACACAACAUUCUACGGCGCAGAUCCAAUAAUCGAGCCAAAUCUUCAACUAUACUCUAGUUUCGGAAAAUUCUUCCCAUUCGCUGUGGCCAGAAAAGCUGGGAUCACUGAAUUCAUAGUUUUGCCAAAUCAAAAUCAGAAGACUCGAAAAUACACACAUCAGGAUGUGACCACAAUUGAUCUACCGUACUUUUUCAAGGAGAUUUUGAAUUUGAAUCAAAUUGAUUUUCUAUGGAUUGAUAUUGAGGGAGGCGAAUUGACUUUUAUUGAUUAUUUUCAUAAGGGAAAGAAGUUGGAUGAGUUAGGAAUCUCGAUUUGUCAAUUUAACAUUGAGGUAAGAAAUUUCGCAGUUUUAUUUUUCAGACGAAUUUUUUCAGCUUCACCCCGAUAUUUGGCCGAACGGCUAUCAAAUUGUAUACAAUUUCAUUAACCAAGUUCUCAAAGAAAAUCGAUAUGUGUUUUUGAAACCGAUGGAAACCGAGAAAGGAGUUUUCCGAUUAUUUUUUAUUAAUGUUGAGGAUCAAAAAUGUGUUAGGAAAUAUUUGCAAUAA